AUGCUGUCCACUCUUCAAAUAGCAGAAUGUCGGUCACCCACCAACUCUCAACUUACGGCAAUCUGUCUUCCUGGUAUAGAUCAUCAAACUUUUUCUAAUAUUAACGAGCUUCAAAGUCAUGUAAUUACUCGAUCAAAUUCAUAUUCUUUUAUUUUAUUAUUUUAUGAUUUAAAUGGUUCCAAUGUGGAUGUAUAUCUAAAAGAUUUAAAAAGACAACAUCAUGUUGUUGCUAUUUUUAUAUGUAUAAACCCAAAAUGUAAUUUAGCAUUUCAUGGUGAUAACGUGUUUCCUGUUAUCAAAGAACUUAUAGCAUAUAAAAUAAAGUCAAGUGUUGUUAAAUUUUUUGAGGACACAUCUAAAAAAUUACUUAGAUUGAAUCACAUAGCUCCUGCAAAUCUUUUCAAAGAGAAAGCUAAUUUUUUUAAACAACAAUGUGUUACCAAUGGAAAGAUCAACGCUUGUUAUGCAUUGAUUAUUCCAUUGAAUACCACGGAUGAAAAUUUAUAUGAUUUUCAAGAACGUCUUAUACAUUUAUUUUAUGAUUUGUGUGGUGAUUAUGAACCAACAGUUUGUACACUGUAUGAUUAUUUACCGUCAAAUGAACGUAUUGAUUUUAAUGAAAAUCUAUAUGCAGAUGCUCUUUUUAAUUAUGUAAAGACGCUUUCACCAAUUCGAUUUUAUCUCGUUGGAAAUGAAAGAUAUAUUCUAAAUUCAACUAGUAAAUAUUUCUUUGAAAAUGAGUUCGAUAAUGGUGUAGCAGAUGAAUAUAAUAAAAAAUACACACUUAUUGAAAACGAACCCAUUAGUGAAUCUAUUCGACAAAAUUUAGAAAAUGUACUUAAUGUUAGACGACCAAUGACAAAUGUGAUAAUAAAACGAUUAGAUGAACUUCAAAAUGAUAUUAAACUUCCUGUUGCUAUUGAAUAUGUUGAUGCAAAUCUCAAAGGACGUGAAAUAAUUGCUGAUACUGAACUACAAAAACGAAUAAUAGCUGUUCCAGAAAGUCCUUUCGAGUUUAGUGCUGCAUUUCAUACGAUUGGACAAGCUCAAGACGAUGCUAUGGUACAUAUUGAUGAUGGUAAUAAUGAAAACAUUGACGAUGAGAUUCAACGUUGA